AUGUCACAUCCGGUUUCAAAACAAGUGCUUCAGAAAUUUGCGAUAUUUAAACGUUUGGUGUGUCUCUUGUCAUGUCUGAUAGUUCAUCUGAAGACGAAAGGGUUGAAUAUGAACGAAGAAAAAGAAAGAAACAUAGGUCAAGAUCGCAAAGUCCCCGUGAAAACCGAGGGAAACACAAGAAACACAAAAAGCACAAGCGUCAUAGUGACAGUGAUGAAGAUGAUAGGCGAGAUGCAAGAAAUGAACGUGACAGAAAUGACCACAGAAGACACCGGCCUGAUAAGUAUGAUCCACAUAAGAAAAUCAAACAGGAGCCAGAUGAUGACUUAAGAAAUCAGAGACGAGAGCGCGAACGGAAUGACGAUCGCAGACGAAAAGCACGAAGACAACGGGAAAGAGAAAAUAAUGACGAUGAUCAGUUUCAGUUUGGACAAGGUCGCAAUCUUGGACCAGAGCCACCUGUGAAGACGGAGCCCAAGGAAAAGGAGAAACCCAACUUUGAAGUGUCUGGAAAGUUGGCUGAAGAUACAAACACAUACAGGGGUGUUGUAAUAAAAUAUAAUGAACCACCCGAGGCCAGGAAGCCUCGUCGAAAAUGGAGAUUGUACCCCUUUAAAGGAGACCAAGCCCUUCCCAUGUUGCAUCUCCACAGACAAAGUGCUUUCCUACUAGGAAGAGACAGACGAGUGGCGGAUAUACCAGUCGACCACCCCUCAUGUUCAAAACAACAUGCAGCUCUUCAGUUCCGACUUGUUGAAGGUCGGCGUGACAACGGAGCCAUGUGCAGACAGGUGAAGCCAUAUGUGAUAGAUCUGGGCUCUGCCAAUGGUACUUUUGUCAACAAUAAACAAAUAGAGGCACAAAGAUAUGUAGAACUUUUGGAGAAGGAUGUGCUGAAAUUUGGUUUCAGCACAAGGGAGUAUGUUCUCCUUCAUGAGAAAGCCGAUACCUCUGAGCUACAUGAUGAGGAUGAGGAAGAUAGUUCAUAGAAACAUGUGUCAGUGUUCGAAAUUAACAUGAACGUCAAGGGGUCCUUGUCAUAACCAUUGGGUCCCUAGAUUCAAAUACCACAGGGAAAGACCUCUAGGACCCCAGGACCUCACUUAAUUUCAAACACUGCGUCAUGAUAGCCAGGCUAUCUUGUAUGCCUUCAUUUCAUUGGUAUCAAAGUGUAUAGUGUAUAUGAUUUUCAUUUCUCAUGGAAUCCAUUAGUUUGGACAAAUUAUAUAUAUAUGUGGAGAUGAAUUGUUGAUGCAGUGUACAAUUGCCAGGUGUAGGGAAAGAUAAAUUCCUCGUCAGUUUUGUACAUGAAAUACAUGGAAUGGGAACAAAUAAAACUGCAGUUGAGCAGAUUCUAGUACCUGGAUACCUGCAGUAUAUAAAUGUAUAAGCCUUGAUAGUAUUUGUAGGACAGAAACUACCAGUGUAACCAUGGUAACCAAUUGCCAGGUGUAGGGAAAGAUAAAUUCCUCGUCAGUUUUGUACAUGGAAUGGGAACAAAUAAAACUGCAGUUGAGCAGAUUCUAGUACCUGGAUACCUGCAGUAUAUAAAUGUAUAAGCCUGGAUAGUAUUUGUAGGACAGAAACUACCAGUGUAACCAUGGUUACUACUGUUAGCACCAGCCAGAACAUACUUGCCUGGUGUUAACAGUUGGAUCUAGUCCCCAGGACUAUGAUUUCCAGACUUUGGUGUGAUGAUUAGUGUCAAAUGUUAUUUUUCAGGCUAGUGCUCAGUAUUAAUAGACCUUCAAGGUUAAUUCCUGUCUCCAUUUCUGUAAGGGACGGUGAGGUAGCCUAGUGGUUAUAGCGUUCCCUCGUCACACUGAAGACCCGGGUUUGAUUCUUCACAUGGGCACAGUGCGAAGCCCUUUUCUGAACCCCCGCUGCGAUAUUGCUGGAAUAUUGCUAAAAGCGGCUUAAAACCAUACUCACUCUUUCCCUCCCUUUUCUGUAUACAACAAAUGACAUGUUGCGAUAUAAAAUGUUCUGGUUAUGGUACUUUCUUAAAACGCAUGCUGGUAAUGAGUAUUGUUCUGGUAACCAUAGUGACAGUAACACUUGGCAACUGUAUAAAUCAUUUAAUGUUCAGGGUAUGAGGAAUUAGAUUGUUACAUUUUGAAAAGACAGUAAGUCAAUGGCCCAGAGAAUGGACAGAUAUCUGAAACCCUGUGGACGGAAGGGAAGAACUUAAAUGAAAAAGAUUCAGAGUUUUGUUUUUGUUCAAGAAGUUAUCUGAUGAUAUUGCAUGCGUGCAGUGUUAGUUUAGCUUUUGUAACCAUGGUAAACUAUUUGUGUAUGGUGAAUGUUUUCAUUCAGCAGGAUAAGAAUACAUGUUCUGUGCUUUUUGGAUUUCUUUAACCAUUUCUUAAUUUUAGGGUCAACACAGCAAACAAUAACUUCUUGCCUUUCAGCAAUUUUUCUUUGUUAUACAAACUUGAUUUUGAAGAAAUUGUUUUCUUGUGGUCCAACAUCAACGUGUCCGAGAAGGGUGCAUACAUGUUGGUCUCCUUUCUAGGCUAUGUCAAGUUGGUAUAAGACUUAAAAGGGUGAUGUGGUUCCAAUUACCCAACUGACCCUAAUUUAAGGUACUGACUCUUUUUCAAUGGUAUUCCCUGUUUCCGAUCAAACCAAUCUCUUUAAAAUCAUAUCUUUGUUCUCGCUACCGCAUUACACGUCGUGUCAGAACGACCUUUUUCGAACUUGGACCAACCAAUGAUAUGACUAACAAGUAGUCGACAUACGCCAGUCAGAAAGCAGUUUUCUCAAGCUAUAUGGCAAUCAUUUCAAACUGGCGACUUCCACUCAAGACCACACUUUGAAAAAUAUAUUGACAAAGUUCUCGAUGAAACUGAACUAUGGAACCUUCUGGAAUGUCUAAGAGAUCGCCUAGAUUGUAUGACAGUACUUCCAUGGGCUAUGCAACGUCUCUUCCGUUCAAAUGUUUAUCCCAGUUAGCAAGAGACAAUGAUUUUGACGGAAUCAGUUGUACACACCGAAACUGUUGUUCGGAGUACCCAUGUUAACCUUUUUGAAGUUGCCUGAUCAGAAAACACAUUCCGACUGUCACUUUCCUGAGCUGGUAAGCGACACUCUGACUGGUCGGACGAAAGGUAGUUCUGCAUGACUUGUAAUGGGAUGAUCUCUGAUCUUAGCGAGUAGCGAGUAAGAUCUUAUAUCAAACAACAUGGUGAACAGAGAACACUCAUGGAAAUGUAUUCCAAACACUGCUAAACUUUACAAAAUGUAAGAAACAGAAGUGAAAAAAGCCUGCCUACCCUUUUUAUAAAUUUUGUGUAAUCAGAAUGGUAUUUUUUAUUAGACCUCAGAUACAGGUUCUCCUGAACAGAUGACCCGUGUGGAAAAUGUUGUAUAUAUAAGAUCAUCAGAUAUUUAUCAUACAUUUUUCAUGUUUUCAUGCUUUGUAUACAUUAUCCAUGAUCAAGCCUACUUUUGUCAUCAUGUAUUUCAUAUUUAUGUAACCAUGUGUCUUGUUAAAUGAAGAUUAAUAUGUCCCUUCAUAUUAUCGUUAUAGAAGAAAUAUGCCAAAGAUUUCAGGAUUAUGAAGAAGGCUGAUAUGUAUUUUGAUUAAGAACUUGAAGAAUAAAACAACAUUUUCUGAACUCUGUUCAAA